UUGAGGAAGAUAAGCAGCACUGAAUGCGGUGGCUCUGGGCAGACAGAGAGCAUGGCAGCUGCAGGAGAGACACCUCCUGCCCCACGGCUGCAGCGGCUGAGAAGCUCUUCCCUGAGCCAUGAGAGCCUGUGGGGCUCCCCAGAAGUCUGGCCUGCCAGGGAGGAAGCCAGAGCUCGCGUGCUGGUGCUCAACACUGGGGGCACCAUUGGCAUGGCAGGCAGUGAAUGUGAUGGAGGGCUUGCUCCUCAGGCUAAUAAGUUAGUGGAGGCCUUGAAAAAAAUGCCAAUGCUACACGAUGCGGAAUAUGCCAAGGCCACAAAAUUUUAUGAUUCCUGUGCCCUUCCAGAAAGCACUUUGGUGCUUCCACUCUCUAAAAGAAAGAAAAGGGUGAUCUACAGCAUCGUAGAGUAUUCACCACUACUUGAUUCUUGUAACAUGACAACAGAUGACUGGGCUAAGAUCGCCAAAGAUCUUGAGACCUAUUAUGAACAAUAUGAUGGCUUUGUGAUCCUUCACGGAACAGACACAAUGGCUUAUACGGCUGCUGCUUUAUCCUUCAUGUGUGAGAACCUGGGUAAAACCAUUGUUCUAACAGGAGCUCAGGUACCUAUAUAUGAAUUGAGGAAUGAUGGACGGUCCAAUCUACUUGGGGCACUACUGAUUGCUGGACUAUUUGUUAUCCCUGAGGUGUGCCUCUACUUUCACCAUAAACUCUAUCGGGGAAAUAGGGUGACCAAGGUGGACACAGGCAGUUUUGAUGCUUUCUCUUCCCCUAAUCUUCCUCCUCUGGCAAAUGCGGAAGUGGAUAUAAAAAUUGACUGGGGAAUUGUAUGGCGAGCCACUACCACAAAGAAGUUUAAGGUCCACACCGAUAUGAAUAGGAAUGUGGGGUUGCUGAGGAUCUUCCCAGGAAUUACUGCUACUACUGUGAGGGCAUUCCUCCAGCAUCCGAUGGAAGGGAUAGUACUGGAAACGUAUGGCUGUGGCAAUGCCCCAAACAACCGUCCUGAUUUGCUAGAAGAGUUGAGGCAAGCGACAGAGAGGAAUGUGGUGAUCCUAAACUGCACACAGUGUUUGCGAGGCUCUGUGGCUCCAACCUACGCAACUGGACAGGACCUUGCUCAUGUUGGAGUAAUUUCAGGAGGGGACAUGACACCUGAAGCAUCUUUGGCAAAGCUCUCAUAUGUGUUGGCCCAAAGUCAACUUACUUGGAAGGAAAAGAAGCAGAUGCUGUGUGACAAUCUCAGAGGUGAAAUGUCUUCUAUGUUCACAGGAAACCAGAGCUCCUUAAGUAACAGCAUCUUUAUCAAAGUGAUGACCAAAUUUAUAAGUCUUAACUGCAAAGAGGAGCUUGGAGCUUUGAUCCCAUCUUUGGCUUGUGCUGCUGCUAAAACUGGAGACAUGGAUGCACUGAAAGCCAUUGAAGAAGUGGGUGGAAAUUUGAACUGUGAAGAUUAUGAUGGCCGCACUCCACUUCAUGUGGCAUCAAGUGAAGGGCAUGUUCACUUAACUGAGUACCUACUGAAAAGUGGGGCAAGUGUUUAUGGCAAAGACAGAUAUGGUGCUACCCCAUUGAUGAAUGCCAUUGAAUUCAGGCACAUGGAAGUCAUACAGCUACUUCGUAAAACAGGAGCUCACCUUUCCAAGGAAGAGCUGGAGAAUGCUGGGACCAAACUCUGCCUCCUCGCUUCUAAGGGUGAUGUAGAUGGAUUGAUGGCUUGGCAUCUUGCAGGUGUAGAUAUGGAACACGCUGAUUAUUCUGGAAGAACACCUCUCCAAGUAGCAAAUAUUACAAACAACAAUCAAACCCUGGACUUCCUGAUUCAGCUGAAAUCAAAAUGAGAGUCUUCCAAAUAAGCAUUUGAAGAAAUUUCUAAUAAAAAGAUGAUUGAAUAGUAGGAUUGCACUUUAUAUUUUUUAGUUCUUUUACAGAAGAAAAGCAGUGACAUUACUACUGCGGUGGGACUUUCUUAUCC